UCGCUUCCGGCUCCGGCUCCGGCUCCGGCUCCGGCUCCUGGCUUGCUGUCAGGAAGGAGUAGUUUUUUGCUUUUACGGCGUGAGGGUGUGAUUUGUCCCGCUCCAACCUCAGAGGCCGCCGGUAACUACUCUGCGCUCUCGUUCGUGCGUCCAUUCAGGCAUCCGUGCACGCAUUGAAUGUAUACGUUGAGGGAUUACAACAAUGAUUGAUGCCGGGCGCUUGUUGGGUUCCAGGCGGCGUGCUGAGAGCUGCGCAUAGUUUACCUCUUUUAACCCUCACAGCAAUCCCAUGGCACAGAGGAUAAUGCCUAUAAAACUAUGCAAGAAUCACAGGAAACCCACAUAUCCAAGUACUUAGACGAAAUUGUGGCUGCUGUCAGCGUCACGCCGAGAAAGAAGUUCGCCAGCAGGCUGCCUCAUUCGGUCCUUUUCCAGCCUCCGCGAGAGCAACUCCAGCUCUGCGAAGAGAAAGCAAAGUUCUACUCCAGCCGGCACGAGUAUAAGCAGGCGAUCCAGGAGCUCGUACGCUGCGUAGCAUUGACCAGGAUCUGCUAUGGCAGCUGCCAUUGGAAACUAGCAGAGGCGUAUGUUAAUCUGGCUCAAGGCUACCUCCAGCUGAAAGGAACGUCUCUGCAGGCCAAACACCAUGCAGAGAAAGCCAGAGAAAUCCUCACCAACUCCAUCGUGCCUUCCUGUGAUGACAACACGGCUGUUUUCAGGUGUUCCGUGGAGCUAUUCCAUACCCUGGGGAGAGCCCUACUCUCCCUUCAAAAAUUCAAGGAGGCCGCAGAGAACUUGGCGAAAGCAGAGAGGCUUUCACAGGAGCUGCUGCGAUGUGGAAGGAUCGUGAAGGAAGAGUGGAUAGAAACCCAGGCUCGGAUCAAGCUGUCAUUCGCGCGGAUGUAUCGGGGCCGGAGGAAAUCGAAAGAAGCUCUGCCUUACUACCAAGAGGCUUUAGAACACACGGAGAGCAGCAAAGGGGAAAAGAGUCUCGAAUGUGUGCCGGUGCUGAGGGAACUGGCGGGCGCAGAACGGGCCCUGAGACUCCACGACGCGUCCAUCAACCACUUCCUGCAGGCGCAUCUCAUCGUCCUGAGCGCAGAGCCGUCCGGAGAGGAGGCAGCGGAGUCCGCGCGCUGUGUCGCCCGCGCCGCCGCGGCUUCCGGGAGGCCCGAGCACCACGAUGUGGCCGAGCGGUACUUCCGAGAGAGCCUGGCUCACCUGAAGGAUGCGGAAGGGAUGGGGAAAGCCAAGUUUCUCUCGGUUCAAGACGAAUAUUGCCAUUUUCUGCAAGGCGCCGGGCAAGAGGAGAGAGCGACCUCGAUCCUGAGAGAGUCCCUGGAGGCCAAAGUGGGGGCGUUUGGUGACCUCAGUCCUGAGGUGGCGGAGACCUACCGGCUCCUGAGCGGCGCCGACCUGGCGCAGGGGAACCACAGCGGGGCCCACAAGAAACUGAACAAGUUGUCCUGGAGGAAGAUGAUGGUAGCUUGCUCCAUGACAGUGGCCAGGGGAUGGAGCAGAGUCGUGGGGGAGUCGAGGGGUGUCGCUAAGGAUAGAGAGCUCACGGCACUUGGCAACGCAGAGUGUCUCCAGAUUCAGACCCUCCUGUACGGACCGCAGGACAGGCGGACGCUGGCCACCCAGCAGGCCCUGGACGUCCUGUCCAAGGCCCCCGAGAUGGCCACCGUGAAGCUGAGGUCGGCCCCGAGGGCCAGACCGACUUUCUGCACUGGCGUGGCCCAGCACGCGGCGCCCAGGAGGGCCAGGCCCCACGUGGCGGACUGAGACCCACCGCACCCCAGGACAGCUCGGGCAGGCGCGGGUGCUGGCGACACGCCUCCCCAACCGGGAGGUGGCAUCAGCAGGCACCCCGCGACCCCUCAGGUGGGCUGGGCGCCCCCCCCCUCCACGCCUCCGGGCCCCUGUGACGGUGCGUGGCCUUUCCUGGCCUCUGGUGCUCCCAUAAGCAGUUUCCGUUUUACCUCCUAAGUGAUUCUUUGUGCCAACAAAUGCCUUUACCCACCGGCACGACUGUGGCCCGAGAGCUCCUCUCGAAAAGGCGGGGAAAUGUCGGCACCUCACUGCGCGUACACAGCCCUCGGCCCAGGUCGGGAGUCCGGUUUGGAGUUCAGUUCUGGGAAAAGCCCUCUCUGACGGGAAGGUAAUAGGGAUGGAGAAUAAAAGGCUGAUAAAAGGAGGCUUGAAGGUGCUGGAGUCAGUGUGUGGGCGGUGCUUCCUCCCCCCGACCCCCGCUCUUCCCCAGGCUGCAGGCUGGUGCCAGGAUCACAGGCUGCCCUUGCCCCAAAGCACUGGUUUCAUCUGUGAGGGAGGCCACCUCCGGAAUCCACGGGGAAACCAACCAAAAAGAUCCGAGUGACAGGGCGUUGGGAGGCAGGGUCCCUUGUCCUCCUCAGGCUGGUGACAGCGACCACACAACCCUCUCAUACCCCCCUCCCUCUCCCCUCCCCCACUUCCCCCAGACAGGCCUGUGGAAUGAAGGCCGCGUGGGAAGAAGGGGCGAGAAGUCACCACUCGCCGAGUGUCCCAUCUCCCGCCACCAGGCUCCCUGGCGGUGACGGUGAGGUUCUCACCACACACCGUCCAGUCCUAUGUGAACACCAGCCACGGGGCCUACGCUCCGUCCGCCACGCGUUCUCGCUCUGUGCUAACCGUGUCAAGUCCUGGCUGAAUUCAAGAACGAGCUUUUCACAUGGGUUCCGCAGUGGCUCCGGGCCAUCAUGAAAAGCACGCAUGUGAACACGUUUUCAUUAGCGUGUAAACAGGAACCCCCCCCCCCCCCCCCCCGCCGACAUUCAUUCUCUCGAGUGGCAAUGCCAGGGUUUUUGUUGUUUUCUUAGAUUUUUAUUUUUACACGUUUUGUGACAUUUCCCUUCGCAGGGAGCAGGUUAGCAAGGGAAGCCUUUUAGAUGAGGCCAUCCUCAAUAUACAUUGUAAACAAACAAUAUCGAAGCAGCCCGCGGGAAGGUGAGAAGCAGUCCAUGAAUACUAUUAAGGCAAAACAACAGUAAAUAGGAAAAGACCGCAUCCUCACCCCAAAGCUAUGCUCACUUAUUUCUCCUCCAGUUAUCGGUGACGAAGACCAACUCUCCCUAAACGUUCCUUGAAGCCGGGGAGAUGCGCGUCUCGGGGGCCUGAGGACCGUCCGUGUGAAACCCAUAGGGGAGAACUGUCAAUGCCACCCUCACCCCUGAGGCCAUGACCUACCUGAGGGUGAUGCCAUCUGGCUCAUUCCUCUGUGCACUCCGGGCAGCUCUAUGGUACUGUUAGAAAAAGCGUAGCCUAGGCAACAUCGUGGGAAGGAAACCAGCUUGGAUUACAAUGUGCUGGGGGGUGUGAGAUCCUAGCUUUAACGUGACGUUACACCUUUAAAGAUCGAAGCUUUCAGCCCGGCCUGCACAGCUCAGUGGUUGAGCGGCGACCUAUGAAGCCAGAGGUCACGGUUCGAUUCCCAGGCAGGACUCAUGCCUGGAUUGUGAGCUCCAUCCCCAGUAGGGGGCGUGCAGGAGGCAGCCGAUCCAUGAUUCUCUCCCAUCGAACAAUUAUUCUCUCCCAUCAAUGUUUCUCUCUCUCUCUCUCCCACUCUGAAAUCAAUAAAAAUAUAUUUUUAAAAACUGAAAUGCCGCAAUAGCCUGGAGCUACCCUCUCCAUAAAUAAGAUGCUCUAUUUUCUAAACUUCUGUACAGAGAAAGCUAUUCAUUCAAGUCUUACAGUGGGUUUAACUCUAUGACAUGUCACUUUUUCCUAAAGGUGAAAUCAUGUAGAUUUCAAAGUGAGCCAUCUGCUUAUCUCCUAUGAUUUCUUUCUGAAAAGACUUCAGAAAGAGAAAAGUGCAUUGUUUUCUUUUUUUUUCCCCCCCUUACAAGGUUAGUUGACUAUUAGUAGCACAUGCAAAGAAAAUGUCCUCUGUAACUUUUAUCCGGCUGCCGGUGCGGCAGCUUACCUAAAGGUAGAGUGGCAAACAGGUGCGAGGCGUGUCUGUGACCAGUGCAAAUCGGUGCAAACCGUCCCCAGGAGCGAAAACUCCCAGGGG